GUCUUGGAGAACCAUACAACUCCAUAAACCUCUCACCUUAUCCCCCAAUCUUCUUCCCCUUUUCCCUCUUUCUCAAUUUCGUGAAGCCAUGGCGUGUUCUUCAUCAAACAUAGGUGUCUCUUCCAUAUACCACAAAAACCCAUCACUAGAACAACUCUCCAGGAAAAUCGCCACCCCUGCUUCACCCUUACAUCUUCCUCGUUCUGCCGAUAAAACCCAUUUCACCUCCUUGAAAGCUGCCGCUAGACUCAACCAUAACAGCGUAGGUGUCGGUGGUGGGUCUGCUUUUGUUACCUCGGCGACUGCCACGCCGAAUUCCGUUUUGAGUGAGAAGGCGUUUAAGGGUCUUGGUGUGUUCGAUGAAGAUUCUUCUUUGGAUGAUAGUGACAGAGAGUACGAUGAUGAGUCUGAAAAGGAAGCCUCAGUAGGUGAUGGUAGUGGAAAUGUUGCUGACGAUGAUGAACUUGCAAUUACCAAACUGGGUUUGCCUCAAAAGCUGGUUCAGAUUCUAGAAAAAAGAGAAAUUACUAGGCUGUUUCCAAUCCAAAGAGCUGUAUUGGUCCCUGCACUCGAAGGUAGAGAUAUUAUUGCGCGUGCCAAAACUGGAACAGGAAAGACAUUAGCUUUUGGAAUUCCUAUAAUCAAAAGACUCACAGAAGAUGAUGAAGAACGGAUUUCUCCCAGGCGUGCUCAACGACUUCCCAGAGUCUUGGUCCUUGCACCCACGAGGGAAUUGGCAAGGCAAGUAGAAACAGAGAUCAAAGAGUCUGCCCCAUAUUUGAGCACUGUUUGUGUCUAUGGUGGUGUCUCUUAUAAUUCACAGCAAAAUGCGUUAUCUCGUGGAGUUGAUGUAGUGGUUGGCACGCCAGGAAGACUUAUUGAUCUUAUUGGAAGUAACAGCCUGAAACUGGGGGAGGUUCAGUUUUUGGUCCUUGAUGAAGCUGAUCAAAUGCUUGCUGUUGGUUUUGAGGAAGACGUGGAACAUAUCUUAGAGAAGCUUCCAUCUGAAAGGCAAAGCAUGCUUUUCUCAGCAACUAUGCCUAGUUGGGUCAAGAAAUUAUCGAGGAAAUAUUUGAACAAUCCUUUGACAAUUGAUUUGGUUGGUGAUCAAGAUGAGAAGCUAGCAGAGGGUAUCAAGCUGUAUGCUAUACCAACAACCUCAACUUCAAAGCGGACAAUACUUGGUGAUCUUGUCACGGUGUAUGCAAAGGGUGGGAAGACCAUUGUUUUCACUCAGACAAAAAGAGAUGCAGAUGAGGUCUCGUUGGCAUUGACUAAUAGCAUUACUUCAGAGGCAUUGCAUGGUGACAUAUCUCAACAUCAAAGGGAAAGAACCUUGAAUGGAUUCAGACAAGGAAAGUUUACUGUGCUUGUUGCUACUGAUGUUGCGUCACGUGGGCUUGAUAUACCCAAUGUCGAUUUAGUUAUCCACUAUGAACUACCGAAUGAUCCAGAGACUUUUGUGCACCGAUCUGGUAGAACUGGACGUGCAGGAAAGGAAGGGUCGGCCAUUUUGAUGUUCACAAAUAAUCAGAGGAGAACGGUUAAAUCCCUUGAGCGUGAUGUGGGAUGCAAAUUUGAGUUUAUAAGUCCUCCAGCAGUGGAAGAUGUAUUGGAGUCUUCGGCUCAGCAAGUUGUUGCUACCCUCUCUGGUGUUCAUAGGGAGUCCGUGGAGUUCUUCACUCCAACUGCAGAAAAGCUAAUCGAGGAGCAGGGUGCAAGCGCUCUUGCUGCUGCCCUUGCACAGUUGAGCGGUUUCUCAAAGCCUCCAUCAUCCCGUUCUCUUAUCACACACGAGCAGGGAUGGUCUACGUUGCAACUGACUCGGGACCCUGCUCUAUCGAGAGGGUUCAUGUCAGCUAGAACCGUUACUGGAUUCUUGGCUGACGUUUAUGCAACGGCUGCUGAUGAACUCGGCAAAAUACAUAUAAUUGCGGAUGAAAGGGUCCAGGGAGCAGUUUUUGAUCUUCCCGAAGAGAUUGCCAAGGAGCUACUAACUAAGGACGUGCCACCUGGCAAUACUAUUACAAAAAUCACGAAGUUGCCUUUAUUGCAAGAUGAUGGUCCGGCAAGUGACUUUUAUGGUAGGUUUUCUAACAGGGAGAGAAGUUCCCGAGGAGCGGGUUCAAGGAGGGGAGGUUCCAGUGGUUCCCGUGGUGGUUGGGGUGGCGGCAGUCGAUACUCAUCUGAUGAUGAUGGAGAUAGCUUCAAGCGAGCUGGUAGGGGUGGCGGCAGUAGUUGGUCCAGAGGAGGUGCAAGAACUGGUGGAAGUGAUUGGCUAAUUGGUGAAAGACGAUCUUCACGCUCUCCGUCCUUGGGGACUAGGAGCUCUUCUCGGACUAGGGACAGGAACUUCGAGGGUGCCUGUUUCAACUGUGGACGAUCUGGGCACAGGGCAUCAGAAUGUCUCACGAAACGAGACUAUUAGUUGGCCAUAUCUUCCUAUUUAGAGCCAACAUGUUCAUACAUCUGUUUUAGCCAUCGUUGCUCCGUUUAAAGAGGUAUGGAGGCUGCCAGAUUUACGGUCGGAAAACUGAAACUAAAUGAGAAUGACAUGUGCGUCGGAUGCUAGAGGAAGCUGAAGGUAAGGUCGUUAGAUAGCAGCAUUUUUGAUACCAUGAUUUGUUGGAAUCGAAUAUAAGCUAUGAUGUAGGUCGCUAUUUCUUGUACUUUUGCGUGUUCACAGAUGAACUUGAGUAGAUUUGGUUUUGGUUGUGGAUAAUCUAAUAGAAAAGGCAUCAAAAUCGUUGAUUCCAUUGUUGA